CUCGAAAAGGCUACGGUUUCCCCAGCUGUGAAAAUGGGCGAAGGAACGGGAAGCUUCGGAAAGAGGAGGAACAAGACCCACACCCUCUGCGUGCGCUGCGGCUGCCGUAGCUUCCAUCUGCAGAAGAGCAGAUGCGCCGCUUGCGGCUAUCUUACUGCCAGGAUCCGCAAAUAUAACUGGAGCGUGAAGGCAAUCCGGCGUAAGACUACUGGAACUGGAAGGAUGAGGUAUCUCCGUCACUUGCCUCGCAGAUUCAAGAGCAAUUUCAGAGAAGGUGCCCAAGCUGCUUCGUUUUAAUGCAUUAAAACAGGUGUUUCGGGUGUAAUCUUGGCACUCUGUUUUUAUUUAAUUUCCAUGAAUUCUAGAAACUCAGUUUUGGA